ACCAGGGCACAAACCUGUGUCCCCUGCAUCGGCAGGCGGACUCUCAACCACUGCGCCACCAGGGAAGCCCACUUUUUUAUUUUUAUUAUGAUUAUUUUAUUGGUAAUCACUGGCAAAAAUGGCCACCCAAAAAUGGGUGGGCCACGGGGAACGGGCCCAAGAUGGUUUCCUCGGCAGGGCCCUACAACUAGGUGGAGGGAACGCUUCCCACAACCAGCCGCCGCGGAAGGUCCAAUAAAAUGCCUCAACCACUGGAGCCUGCCUGUGUCACUACUGCCUAGCCCCGCCUUCCCUGUUAGAGCCUGGGCCUCCCACUGCGACCACUUCCGCGGUGGAAAAUGGGGAGAGACACUUACAGUAGCUCCCACGGGCUAUUCCGCAGGGGAAGGGCGCCCCUGAAGUUCUCGCCUCCAGCCUCCAUCCUGCAGCUGUGGUGUGAGAGGGUGAAUCCAGAGAACAAGGCGGCGCUGGAGGCGUGGGUCAGGGAGACGGGCAUCCGCCUGGUGCAGGUGAACGGGCAGAGGAAGUAUGGCGGGCCACCCCCAGGAUGGGUGGGCAGCCCGCCGCCGGCCGGGUCAGAAGUGUUUAUCGGGCGGCUGCCCCAGGAUGUGUACGAGCACCAGCUGAUCCCACUGUUCCAGCGCGUGGGCCGCCUCUACGAGUUCCGCCUGAUGAUGACCUUCAGCGGCCUGAACCGCGGCUUCGCUUACGCCCGCUACAGCUCGCGACGCGGCGCCCAGGCCGCCAUCGCCACGCUGCACAACCACCUGCUGCGGCCGUCCUGCCCGCUGCUCGUGUGCCGCAGCACCGAGAAGUGCGAGCUGAGUGUGGACGGCUUGCCGCCGGGCCUGAGCCGCCAAGCGCUGCUGCUCGCACUGCAGCCGCUGGGGCCCGGCCUGCAGGAGGCGCUGCUGUUGCCCAGCCCUGGGCCGGCGCCCGCGCAGAUCGCACUGCUCAAGUUCAGCUCGCACCGCGCCGCGGCCAUGGCCAAAAAGGCCCUGGUGGAAGGGCAGUCACGCCUCUGUGGAGAACAGGUGGCCGUGGAGUGGCUUAAGCCAGACCUGAAGCAGCGACUCCGCCAGCAGCUCAAGUGUCCGUCUCUACAGUGCCUACAGCCAGAGGGCAGCCAAGUAGCCCUGGCCAGGGACAAGGGGCUGGAGUCCCAAGGGGCUCGGGCUGCCCUGCAGCUGCUAUGCCAACGGAUGAAGUUGGGCAGCCCACUGUUCCUCACCAAGUGUUUGGGCACAAGUUCUGGCUGGCACCGAUUCUGGUACCAGGUGGUGAUCCCUGGGCAUCCAGUGCCCUUCAGUGGCCUCAUUUGGGUUGUGCUGGCCCCCAGUGGGCAGGAUGGGCAUGAGGUGGCCAAGGAUGCUGUGUCUGCAAGGCUGCUGGAGGCUGAGUCUGGGGCCAGCCUCCAGCGGUCUGCUGCGGCUGAGGCAGGAGGUACCAUGGUUCAGCAGUGACCUAAUCCUCUCCCCAGGCAGCGUGAAUGAGUAGGCAGAGCCUGUGUCAGUCCCUGGCCCAGCAGGCCUGGGCAGCUGCUAUCUGAUCCCAAGAAGGGGAGGAGCAUGGGCCCUGCCCUAGGCCUGACACAGCCUCCCAGCUGAGGCAGGGCCCACAGCACCUCGGGGCAGCUCAAGUUUGGCUAAGUUGUGGUGAGGGAGCUUCCCUUCUCCCUCCCAGCCUGGGGUUUAACCUGACCCCAGGGUUGUUCUCUGACACACAGUCGCACACACACCCCUCUCUCCUCCCACAGCUUAGCAUGAAUCUUUGCUUCUUAUUUUCUUGAUUUGUCUUUGUUGAUGUUUUUAUUUGGGGGCUGGCUGAGCCAAAGGGUCAGAAAUCUGCCUUUGCCCCAACCACUUGGCAUUCUGGUUUUGGUGUAUGCGUAGUUUUGAGUUUUUCUAUGCUGGUUGUAUUUAUAUUAAACCCCUGGUUGGUUUA